CGGAGUCCUUAUACCUGCGUCCAUCCCCCGAGGCUCCAAAGGAGAAGGAACUCCCUCUCUCUCACACACACUCUCUCUCCAUCGCUGGCCAGGCAAACUGUCAAGUAACUCACCCAACUUAGCCAAACGGUCAGGGAUUCAGGUAGUUUCCCAGCUUAGCGACCCGGUGAGGGAUCCAGCCAGGUAGCUCAACGAACCUGCUCAUCCCCUUCGCUCUCCUCCUUUCUUCGGGGCUUCCUUUCCUCCUCCAUCCUCCGCGAUGUCCGUGGCUUUGGAGACGGCGGGCUUCUUCUUGGCGACCGUGGGCUGGGGGAUGCUGGGGGUGACCCUCUUCAACAGCUACUGGAGGGUCUCCAGCGUCUCCGGGAAUGUCAUCACCACCUCCACCCUCUUCGAGAACCUCUGGCAGAGCUGCGCCACCGACUCCACCGGGGUCUACAACUGCUGGGAGUUCCAGUCCCUCCUGGAGCUGCCUGCUUAUCUGCAAGCUUCCCGGGCCCUUAUGAUCACCGCACUGGUGUUUGGUUUCUUAGGCAUCCUGUGCGGCAUGCUGGGUCUGCAAUGCACCAAAGUGGCCGAAGACAGUCCCAACCUGAAGUCUAAGAUGGCUGUUGUUGCUGGAUGCAUGUUCCUCCUGGCUGGUCUCUGUGGCAUGGUGACGAUCUCCUGGUACGCCUUCAAUAUUACCCGCGACUUCUUUAACCCGCUCUUUGCUGGUACAAAGUAUGAAAUUGGGCCUGCUCUCUACCUGGGAUGGAGCGCGUCACUGCUGGUGAUCAUUGGUGGGGGAUGUCUGUUCACUUCAUGUCGGAAACAGUUAGCACAGGAACCGAAUUUUGCGUAUUCAUACAAGGCCACCAAGAGUCCAAUGACGGCUCCUGCAGCUUCGGUCCCUCGUCCUCGCGUCGAAUCCACCACCAGCAGCACUGGGAAGUAUGGCAGGAAUGCUUAUGUCUGAACCUGCAUUGGAAAUAGGGGGCCGUGACCCCCUGAAAAAACAUUUUGCGGAUGUCUCUCAGGCAGCCUGGAACCUGAACGGGUUUUCUUUCGGAACAGAGACAGAAAGGGACAAAGGAAACCUCAGUCCCGUCUCAAGCCCAGGUCUUGUGAUGAUGCUAGGAAUUGGAUGGAGGCUCCAAUUUUCCAUCUUUGAGUCUGAGCCUAGCAAAUAAUGCCUUGUCCAAGAUUAUUUAUUGCAAGGGAGAGCUGUGUUGUGUAUCACAAUUUUGUCCACUUUCCCUUCUGCUUGGAUGGAAUUAUCUUUGGGGUUUUUCGGUGCCCUGUGAUCAGAUAUAGUUGAUACUGGAAAGCUACGGGGACUUGGUUGAAUCACACCUUCCUCCUGGAGAACCUCUUUCUUCACUUACUGGUGGCGCUUGUCCCUUCCGUAGAUCAAAUGAAGAGACUUUAUGAAAUGGACUGAUCUUUUUUUUAAAAUAGUGUAUUCCAGAAACUAACAUUAAUCUAAGUGGUGGGGGCACCUCAGCACAAAUUUGCCUAAAUAUAUUUAAAUGGCUAUUUUCUUAAUAAUAUGGAAGUUGUGUAUUUUUCCAAA